AUGACGAGAAGUGUUGGGAACUGCGUGCACCGCGGGGCUGGACCAAACGGAAAGAGUCCCACUCCGCGCGCCCCUCCCCCCGCGGCCCGGGGGGGAGGGGCGGCCGCGGCCCCUCUCGGAGGGGCCUGUGAGUCCCCGGCCCGCGCGGGGUCCCGGGGCGGCGGGCCGGCGGCGACGGCGGGAGGGCCGCCCCGGGGUGAGGGGUGCAGGCGGACUCCUCGGAAUAACAAGUUGCAGAAGAAGAAGAAUAAGCGGAAUUUCCCCAACGCUGCUCCGGCCACCCAAGACAAAUGCACCAACACACACUCACUCACACACACUCGGGCCCGGCAGCCAUCCCGGGGAGUGGGGGGGUGGGGAGGGGGCCCAGGCGGCCAUCCCCCGGCCGCAGGCACUCGCGGGGGGCGGCCCCGGCCCGCGCCCCCCCAGCCCGGCCCCCCGCCGGGACGCCGUGUCGCCCCCUCGCCGCCACCCCCGACGCGCCGCCCCUGUCACCCGCUCCGGCCCUGCACUCAGCGCCCAGGCUCCCGAGGCUGCUCAUAA